CUUAAUAAUACUUGUUCAAACUUCAAGGCUUCAAAAGAAAAGUUUUCUCCGGAGUCCAGAAAAUAAAUUAAAAACAUCAUAUUCAAAGUUCAAUCAAACCGCGUUCAUAAAUAAAUUCAAAGGGUCCCUGUUUCCCCCAUCUCCCCUCUUCUUCACGGCCCAGCGAAAAAAUGCCCGUUUAAAUUUCAACUCUUUUUUUUCCUGAUAAUUAUUAAAUCAGAAACUCACCCCAAAUCUUGAUUUGAACCCAUUGAAGCAGCUUGGAGAUCCAUCUUUUUAAUCCUUCUGUUCUUCUGAUACGGUUCAUUCAAGUUUGUGAUUUCAAACUCAUAAGAAACCAAAACUUUGAAAGUUCAAAUGGCCACUCAGGCAAGUUCAGCUCCAAACGGUUCUGCAACUCACAGUAAUGGCAGCAAUACAAACGUGAACGGAGUGCUUACUCAUGGUGGCCGUUAUGUUCGGUACAAUGUUUUUGGUAUCUUAUUCGAGGUCUCCUCCAAAUAUGUUCCUCCCAUUCGCCCUAUCGGCCGGGGUGCUUAUGGCCUUGUUUGGUAAUAAUAUAUUAAGCUUGAUUUAUCAAUACUUUGCUGUUUGGGACUUUGAUUUGAUCUGAAAGUCACUGCUUGUUUGCUGAUAGAUUGGAUUCUUUCAUUUGGGUUCUUUUGUUUUGUUUUUUUUUCCUGUUUAAUUUAUUUAAUUGUUUUUUGUUUUUGUAGUUCUGCUAUCAAUGUAGAAACCCGUGAAGAGGUUGCUAUUAAGAAAAUUGGGAAUGCAUUUGACAAUCGAAUUGAUGCUAAAAGAACUUUGAGAGAGAUUAAGCUCCUGCGCCACAUGGAUCAUGAAAAUGUAGUGGCAAUCAAGGACAUUAUUCGACCUCCAAACCGAGACCAUUUCAAUGAUGUGUACAUUGUCUACGAAUUGAUGGAUACUGACCUUCACCAGAUUAUUCGGUCUGAUCAAGAAUUAAAUGAUGAUCACUGCCAGUAUUUUUUGUACCAGCUGUUGCGAGGAUUGAAGUAUGUACACUCGGCUAAUGUGUUGCAUCGUGACCUCAAGCCCAGCAAUUUGUUUCUGAAUGCAAAUUGUGACCUUAAAAUUGGAGACUUUGGAUUGGCAAGGACAACUUCUGAAACUGAUUUCAUGACAGAAUAUGUAGUCACUAGAUGGUAUCGGGCUCCUGAGUUGCUACUCAAUUGUUCAGAAUACACUGCUGCAAUUGAUAUUUGGUCUGUCGGUUGUAUUUUUGGGGAAAUAAUGACACGAGAACCUUUAUUUCCUGGAAGAGAUUAUGUUCAGCAGCUCAAGCUGAUUACUGAGCUCUUAGGUACUCCUGACGAUGCGAGCCUCAGAUUCCUGCAAAGCGAUAAUGCACGGCGUUAUGUCAGACAGCUUCCUCAGUACCCUAAACAACAACUAAGUGGCAGAUUUCCCAACAUGUCGCCUAUGGCUAUUGAUUUAUUGGAUAAGAUGCUAGUGUUUGAUCCCAGCAAACGAAUAACGGUUGAUGAGGCACUAUCUCACCCAUUCUUGAAAUCUCUUCAUGAUAUCAAUGACGAACCAGUUUGCCCUAGACCUUUCCAUUUUGAUUUUGAGCAGCCAUCAAUAACUGAGGACAACAUUAAGGAGCUCAUUUGGAAGGAAUCAGUAAAAUUUAACCCUGAUCCUUCUAGCUAG